CUCGAUAGUGUCUUGAACGUUGACUUACGGAAAUACAGACAUUCUCGUGCGGACCCGUAUACCAGCACCCCUCGUAUUCUCUGCGGGAAGGGCGGAGGGCGAUACGAAUCGCAUCACGGAUCUUACCAAGCACCAGGCUGCUCGUGAAAGCGAAUACGAAGGCGGACGUGGACUGGAGGAGAAUUUGCGAGUAAAUCUACGGAUCUGUCCCCGGACGAUCCUCUCUUUGCUUGUCUUGUCAAAAUGUCUCGCCAAAGCUUCUUUGAAGAAACCGAGGGCGAAGGGUUCUACCACCGUCCACCAACCCCUCCUCUCCCCCAGCCACACCGGAUAUCUACUCAAGUACCGUCACCAUCCUACCGAGAACCCUAUCCCUCUUCUCCUGGCAGCCCGUUGAGUCCAACUGCACAUCCCGACAGUCACUUCGAACGAUUGCGAGCUGCACGAAGAUAUAGCAGAGACGAACAAGCCUCACAGCCACUGCAGAAUUACGGGGAACCAGCAGACCCUGUCUCCACUUCUGGAGACCGUGACAGACGGAUUUGGGGUCAACCGCUGAACUAUAGAGAGUCCGUAUACUCCAACAUUACCCCGGGGGCUGAUAAUUUUGGAGAGCGAGCUGCGGGGGGCAUUGCCGGUAUUGCAAUGGGCGUCGCAGAUACACAACCGAGAGAGAGCGGGCUGGAGGCUAUGAGGAACACACCAGGCUAUGAUCCAGAACUGAUGCGUGUAUCUUCAUAUCCAGAGUCACCCCUUGGUGGCCAACCACUAGGACAACCCGACCCGCCAUACGCAAGACCCCAAGCAGUAACCUCUCAAACUUCCUUGCAGCCUCUAGGUGCCGCUGCAUCUUCACCCGGCAUGGCUGCCUCACACUCCCAAUUGACGCUGUCACAGCCACUGUCACAUCCCAGCAUCAACGAUGAGGCAUACGUCGAGAAUCCUUCCGACAACCCUUACAAUCGAUACUCACGAAGCCUCGAGCCCGGAUUGGCCGCUGGACUUGACCCAAAUAGCAUCGAGGACGAUGGAGAUGAUGGAUUGGAAUAUGUGAAUAGCAAUAGAGGGUCGAGAUUAAGUAUGGCCCAGAGCGCUAACAACGCACCACCGGCUGCUGCCCGAGCUGCCGCUGCUGGAGGAAUAAUUGGGUCUUUGGGUGGUAUAGUAGGACGGGGUGCGAACGGGAAUCAAUCAUACGAUCCCGUUCAGAAUACGGCAUAUGAGGGGCCAAGCGAGCAUGAUAUUGCGCCUGUACAAGAGAAGAGCGCGUGGUUGAGUAACGAAUUUCGCAGGAACAGGAAGAUGGCAUGGAUUGUGGCCGGUGUGGCGGCCUUCGUGAUCAUAGGCGCCAUUGUCGGGGGUGUUGUCGGAGGAGUAGUUGGGUCUAGGCAUUCAUCCUCAUCAAAGAGCUCAUCAUCAUCAUCAUCAUCGUCGUCGUCGGGAUCAGGAUCUGGACAAUCCAACGGGGGCAGCACAUCAUCCAGUGGAGACUUCAACGCCGAUUCUCCCGAGGUUCGGGCGCUCAUGAACAACAAGAAUCUGCACAAAGUUUUCCCUGGCAUUGAUUACACGCCUAUGAACACCCAAUAUCCCGGUUGUCUCACCGUUCCACCGUCCCAGAACAACGUCACCCUCGAUCUUGCUAUUCUAUCUCAGCUCACGAACACCGUUCGACUUUAUGGGACUGAUUGCAAUCAAACUGAAAUGCUGCUCCAUUCAAUCGACCAAUUGAAACUGAACGGUACCAUCAAGGUGUGGCUUGGGGUAUGGCUAGACAACAAUUCUACGACAAAUGACCGCCAGCUGCAGCAAAUGUACAACAUCUUAGACAAAUACGGUGAUUCGUCUUUCGUUGGGGUUAUUGUUGGUAAUGAAGUUCUCUACCGACAAGAUAUGACAUCCGCAGAAUUAGGCGCGAUACUUUCAGGCGUUAGGCAAAACUUUACAGCCAAAGGAAUCAAUCUUCCUGUUGCUACCUCAGAUCUCGGUGAUGACUGGACCGCGGAAUUGGCAAGUGAGGCUGACUACCUCAUGGCCAACAUCCACCCCUUCUUCGCCGGCGUCAAUGCCGAUGUCGCCGCCUCUUGGACCUACGAUUUCUGGACCAACCACGAUACGAUCCUCCAAACCGAUCUCUCGAAGAACAUCAUCGCUGAAACGGGAUGGCCUUCUGCAGGUGGCAUGGAUUGCGGUGGCGCCUCAACGUGCGUAAAUGGAUCAGUGGCCGGGAUCCCGCAGAUGAACACCUUUAUGGAUCAAUGGGUAUGCCAGGCGUUAGCAAACGGCACGACCUAUUUCUGGUUCGAGGCCUUUGACGAGCCGUGGAAGAUCAUCUACGAUACGCCAGGCAAAGAUUGGGAGGACAAGUGGGGAUUGUUGGAUGUUAACCGGAACCUGAAGCCCGGGGUAGUGAUCCCUGAUUGCGGUGGCAAGACCGUCUAAAAAGACUCGGAUCCUAAUAUGAAGAACAAACAUCAUGAGAAAUCAUGAUUGCAGAACAAAGCAGGACAGGUGGAAAAAAAUUUGGUAAAAAAACCUGGAGUUAAUAAAAGGCCACACACACUGCCUUGGGAUUAUUGUACAUAUGAUGACUCGUUGGGAUGGAAAUGCACUGAUAUGGGGAUAGGGGGGGAAACAUUUCUUAUAUCAUCCAGCAAUGUGUAAAUAGGUAGAUGAAUAAUGAAGAAUCUUAGCAAUGCCGAGGUUGUUAAUGUCAC